GAGGGCUCAGACGUGAUAACACCUGUGGUUCCCCAUCCUGGUAGGAGCUGGCGUGACAUCUGCUGGCUGCCUCCACUCCUCUCCAUUAGCCAGAGAUAUUGGAUUUCCCACCCAGAAUCUUUAGGCAAAUGAGCCCAAAGCUGGUGAGAGUGUGGAAGUGCUUGAAGCAGGCUGCUUGGACCACAGGGAGCAGUCGCUGUACAUGAACAACAUUCUAAUGGUGCCUUCCAUAAAGUAUCACAGCAGCCUCCUAAAAGAUCAUGAUUCUGGAAGGAAGUGGUGUAAUGAAUCUCAAUCCCAGCAGCAGCCUCCUCCACCACCAGCCGACCUGGACAGACAGCUACCCCACGUGCAAUGUUUCCAGCGGGUUUUUUGGAGGCCAGUGGCACGAAAUCCACCCCCAGUACUGGACCAAGUAUCAGGUGUGGGAGUGGCUGCAGCACCUCCUGGACACCAACCAGCUGGACGCCAGCUGCAUCCCUUUCCAAGAGUUUGAUGUCAACGGCGAGCAUCUGUGCAGCAUGAGUCUACAGGAGUUCACGCGGGCAGCGGGCACAGCGGGGCAGCUGCUCUACAGCAACUUGCAGCAUCUCAAGUGGAAUGGUCAGUGCAGCAGCGACCUGUUCCAGUCCACACACAAUGUCAUUGUCAAGACGGAACAAAAUGACUCUUCCAUUAUGAACACCUGGAAAGAAGAAAACUAUUUAUAUGACACCACCUAUGGUAGCACAGUAGAUUUGUUGGACAGCAAAACUUUCUGCCGAGCCCAGAUCUCCAUGACAACCAGUGGUCACCUUCCUGUUGCAGAGUCACCUGAUAUGAAAAAGGAGCCAGACCAUCCUACAAAGCCCCACACCAAAAAGCACAACCCGAGAGGGACUCAUUUGUGGGAAUUUAUCCGUGAUAUUCUCCUGAACCCAGACAAGAACCCAGGGUUAAUCAAGUGGGAAGACCGGUCUGAGGGCAUCUUCAGGUUCUUGAAAUCAGAAGCCGUGGCUCAGCUAUGGGGAAAAAAGAAAAACAACAGUAGCAUGACCUAUGAGAAGCUCAGCCGGGCCAUGAGAUAUUACUACAAAAGAGAGAUUCUGGAACGGGUGGAUGGACGCAGGCUGGUAUAUAAAUUUGGGAAGAAUGCUCGUGGGUGGAGAGAAAAUGAGAACUGAGGCUACCACCACUUGGAACACAAACCAAAACACACACCUAAUAAAUAAUAACCAGCGAAGAACUCCUGGACGUAAAUAUUUCAAAGACUACUUUUCUCUGAUAUUUAUGUACCACUAGGGAGAAAAAUCUACUGUCAAGAAGGAACACUACAGUUGAUGAAAUUUUUUUGUUACUUUGAAGUAUGUCCUAUAUGGAGAACAGAUGUGCACAGUUUUCUGUGAAAUAUGAUGCUGUAUGUGGUCAUGAUUUGUUUUUGCCUCUAUUGUGAAGCGUUUUUCCACAAGAAUAACAGGGCUUGUUGCCUUGCGCUUCUUGCUAAGAGAAAGAAAAAGAAAUUCAGAGGACAUUAAAUAUUUUCAUAUGCAAAAUGAUUUAGGAAAAGACAAUGUGUCCUUUGCACAUAAGCACUCACAUGACCUCAUCAAGAGAGAUGGACAUGGUUGUUGGGAUGGAGUUCAGGGUCUCAGAUUGAUGAGAUAAACCAGAAGAUUCUGGAAAGUUUAACUUGCUAUUUAGGAGCCAAGGCAUGGAGAAUGGGGACUUCCAAAAUCCAGGGUGGGGUGAAAUCCCUGCAUAAUCACAUGACUUGGAAUGUCCAAAUCAGUGAGAAGAAUAAUGGUGGGGGGCUUUAUAUUUAUUCAGGAAUGAUUUACCUGUUCUUCCUUUCUCCUAGAAUUGUUGGUGAAAAAGCUCAAGAGGAGGGGGGGGAGGGAAUGAGAGCAAUCCAGGGAAACCCCUCUUUGCAUGUAUUAUUCGUCUUCUGUCUUUGAGUCAUCUCUGUCUCGUCUGAAUUCAUCUCAAAGUGAAUGGUUUAUUGCUGAGACUUGCAUCCAGGGGAAAGCUUAAAAACAAGAAAGAAACAAAAGGCAGGGAGGAUAGAAAAGACAAACAGAAAAUUCAGCUCAGGAGUAAGGCAAUGGAAGCUUCUUCCCUAAUACUGAGAUUGUUCUGGAUAUCUGAUGACUUACUGGGCCAUGAAAUCCAGGAUGGACAUCUGUAGACAAUUUGAAAAUUGAACAUCUAGAUUUCCUUUUGCAACUUUGCUUUUUGGCUUCCUCAUGUUACUGACUUUCUCCUUCAUCCUGACUCCCUGUCUUCAGCAAUUAUAUGGAAGGGAGACUCUUGUUAAUAGGAAGGAGUGCUCUUCAUCAGCCAAUAGACCCCUACCACCGUGUCUUACCCAGUGAAGGUGAGCUAUUCAUACUCACUGGUUGCUAAGUACCUGCAUGCAUUUAGAAGGCUGGAAGUAAGAAGAAUUAAGAAUUCAUGAGGACCAUUAGGAGUGGUAAUCUUGGAGCACCCAUGAUCUGCCUUCUGAAAGUAUAACCAAAUUAGUUUCAUUUCUGCCUGGCUUGGUCACCUCCACGCAGCUUUUACUAACAAGUAACAAUUAUUGAGAGGACUGAGAAAAAUAAAACUGAGCAGCAAAGAUCCUGACUAUGCAACUUAGAUUAUUUCUGCAUAAAGACACCUGACUUUCCAAGGUUAGAGAAUCUGGGGGCCUUCCCACCAGUUGGCUGUAUGUGUAACACAUGGAUAUUUGUGUGUCUGAACAGUGUAAGGUUAUUAAGGGGAUCUGCCAGUUCUCUGCUCUUCUUUCCCUGGCUUUGCCUGUUCACCAUCACCUCUAUUUAGAUCUUCCCUGUGCUCACCCUUCCUCAAACCUAGAAGUUAUUUACACCCCUCUUAAUGGGGUUUGGCUCUUUCUGCAACCUUUCCUUUGAGGAACAGUCUUUGAUAGGGAGUAGGUAAGUCUGGGGAAUACUAAGGAGAACAGUUCUGCAGAUAAACAGCAAAUUGUGCUAUUUGUUGAAAGUGACAGUUUCUUGGCAUCUGGUACUUAUUUAAAUAGGCUGCAGUAUUAAGUUCUUGCAUACCUCUCUGUUGUCUUGGCCUGACUUUGCUGCCUUUUCUCUGGGCUAUUCGUGACUUGGAGAGCUCAAGGUAAUUGAGCCAGGCCAACCUGGGGUGUGAACAGAGUACUUCCUAUAGUGUUGAAAGGGAAUAGAAAGUCCUGCGGAGGAAUAUCCCUUUGUUUGGGGGACACACAGUGUUUCACUUGAGAAGCUCAUCCAUGAUAGAUGUCCACCUAGACACUAAACACAGUCUCCUGGAACCUCUUUAAGUCAAAGGCUCUGUUCUCCUUUCUUAGCAAGUUUUUAUGGGAAAUUAAGUCACACAAUGUACUGCUAGGUCUUCACAAGACUUAGACCAUCUGAGGUUCCCCUUGUCCUGACAAAACCUGAGCAAGGUCCUGGAUCCCAGAACACACAGUUUCUUGAAGGUUCCACGGAGCAGGCGAGACCCAAGUUAAGAGUUUUCCUUUGAAUAUAGCGAUCCUUCCUCAAAGUUCUUUUCUCGCUAGAUUGUAAGCUUUUUGAGGGCAAGGACCAUGUCGUAUCACUACUGCUUUCCUGGUACCUGGCAUGACUCAGGAACACAGUAAAUAUUUGUUGAAUUAAUGAAUGAGUGCCUUCUAGAAGACUUCUCUGGCUGGAAGGCCAUAUGUGUAAUUGGAACAUGAAUCAUUUCUUCACUGGAAUAAGAGCACUACAGCUGAAUCUUCCAGGACAUAUUAUCUAUUAUGAACAUUUUACUGUGAGACUUUUUAUUUUACCUUCCCACCAGCGCUGAAAUGAAACCCAAACAGGCUGUUUGGUUCCGGAAGUCAGUGUGUGUUGGAGAAUGCUGUUAACUUACUUGGAACUGUGAGACUUCUCUGGCACAAGGCACCAGUAAUUAACUCUUUGACCUAUUUUAACCAAUGAAGAUUAUGAAUGUGUUUAUAUGAUGUAAAUUGCUAUUUAAGCAUAAAACAGUUCUAAGUUUUAGCAUUUUUGGGUUGGUUUUUAUUUUUUUUUCUUUUUGAGAGAUGCUAAGGGAUCUUUUGAUAAGGUUAGCAAUGCAUGUUAGAUUUUAGUUUCCAAGCGUGUUGUUUUUCAGAUGUAUAAAAUAUUAAAAAAGGUAAAGCAGCAAGAGAGACAAUUAUAUUAUUCUAGUUUUUUAAAAAAGCAUUUGGUGAAUGUGUGCCUACUGUGUGUGCAGCAUGGAACCAUAUAUGUGAGGAUCUUGUCUAAUUAUGUAGAGUAUAGUAGAUCCUCCAUGUGUACCCCUGAAUGGAAAAACAUUGCAGUACUCACAGCAAAUUACCCUCAGCUUUGGUUCUUAGGAUUAGGUUUCUGGAAUAAGACAGCAUUGAAAGAGAAAAAAAAAAA